GGAGGGGGCGGGGCCUGCGGUUCCUUCUGGCAAUCCGGUUCAAUGUCGUCUGUGGCCGGAGCGUCUUGAUUCUGGGAGGGGUCCCGGCGAGUCCUGGUUGGAGAGCUGCCCUGUCUGACCAUGGACCCUGAGGUGUCUCUGCUGCUGCUGUGCCCUCCUGGGGGACUGCCCCAGGAGCAGGUAGGGGUGGAGCUGAGCCCAGCCCAUGACCGUCGCCCACUGCCAGGAGGGGACAAGACUAUUGCUGCCAUCUGGGAGAAGCGCCUACAGACCCAGCCCUGGCUCUUUGAUGCCCCCAAGUUCCGCCUGCAUUCAGCCACAUUAGCACCCAGCUCUGCCGGGCCACAGUUGCUCCUGCGCUUGGGUCUGACUUCGUACCGGGACUUCUUAGGCACCAACUGGUCCACUUCAGCCUCUUGGCUCCGACAACAGGGAGCUGUAGAUUGGGGUGACAAGCAAGCCUAUCUGGCAGACCCACUGGGGGUGGGCGCUGUCUUGGUCACUGCAGAUGACUUCCAUAUAUUUUUGCGCCGUUCUCUGCAGGUGGCCGAGGCCCCUGGGCUGGUGGACGUGCCUGGUGGGCACCCUGAGCCUCAGGCCCUGUGCCCUGGUCACAGCCCUCAGCAUAAGGACCUCCGUGGGGAGCUGGUGGUACGUGAGCUGUUCUCCAGUGUCCUACAGGAGAUCUGUGAUGAGGUGAACUUGCCUCUUCUCACCUUGAGUCAGCCCCUGCUCUUGGGCAUUGCUUGCAAUGAGACCAGCGCCGGCAGAGCCAGUGCGGAGUUCUAUGUUCAGUGCAGCCUGACUUCUGAGGAGGUGAGGAACUACUACCUGAGUGGGGGACCCGAGGCACACGAAUCUACAGGAAUCAUCUUUGUGGAAACACAGCGGAUGCAGAGACUGCAGGAGACUGAGAUGUGGUCUGAGCUUUGCCCCUCUGCCAAAGGUGCCAUCCUCCUGUACAAUCGAGUACAGGGAAGUCCUACCUGAGUCUUCCUCGGGUGCAGCCCUAUCAUUGCAGCUCUACAGGCAAUAAAGGACUUUAUUCUUGGA